AUGAACACACUGUUUCUAUUUUUCUCUCUUGUUUUCGGUGCAUCUGCAGUCCCUGUAGUAUUUGAUAAGCCACUUUGGGAGGGCAAGGACGCCAGAUUUGCCGCUGUUCUCCACGGAAAAUUUGAUGAGCCAGCAGUUGAUGGCGAUAAACUCAGAUUUUUGCUAUUGGUACCAAAAUUGGGUGCUGACGUAAAAGAGUUCCACACUGGCCUCACACCAAAGCCAGUUAAAUUUCUUGGACUCGGUGAUGCCGAGCACCUGACCGGCCUUUUUGGACUUUCUGACUGCAAAACUUGGUUUGCCCUCACCUGGGAUGUAUUCAACGCAGGCGUAUUGGCUACUAAAUUUGAAGUUGGUGUUAAAGAGAAUGGCGCAUUUAAAUAUCCACUCGUCGUUGGAGGAUGGGAUGGAUUUGCCGAUUUUGUACACGGCAAAGUAAAAUUUGCAGCAUUUAAAGAGCUUUGGAAACUCUUACCUUCUCACCUUGCAGUACACAAGGUUUGGUGGCUCUUCAAGAAUCUUUGGUCCAUUACAAUGUUUGUUAACAAACGUUAA